GUAUAGGAUUAGUAUUUGAUCUUUAGACCUGCUAUUUGAAUUGGUUGGGGUUCAUCGUUUUUCAUCACUGUUCUUCAGUCUUCAAACUGUGCGGGUGUAAUUUAGCAGUACGAUUCCAGGUGAGAAUGUGUGCGGCCGGCCAAUCGGGGCUUUUUGGAGGGAGAAACCCUGUCGGGAUUGGGCCGGGUUGUUUGAACAACCCUCCCACACCGAUCCACCCCCGUCUUCCCACUUCCUCGUCGGACUCCAAAUGCCUGUGGUGGGAAAAAUGGAGUGGGAAGGUUCUGACAGUCGGCAAGGUAAAAGUGUACAGGAUUCUGAGGAUGACGUGAUGUCAGAUGACAUAUCAUUAGUCGACGACUCAGAGGAUGAAUGUGGCUCUGGCGUUGUCAGGAAAAUGUUCACCAACAGCCGUGAAAGGUGGAGACAACAGAACGUAAGCGGGGCAUUUAGCGAACUGCGAAAGCUUGUUCCAACUUACCCAGCUGACAAGAAAUUAUCCAAACAUGAAAUCCUUCGAAUGGCAAUAAGAUAUAUUAAAUUACUCACGGGGGUGUUGGCAUGGCAGCAGCAUCAGCAUAUCCACUCGACAAACAACAACAACAAUUGUCUGAAUCAAAACUGCAAUUAUGCUGAACAGACCCUGCAAAGUCUUGUCAUAAUAGCACCGAGUGAAACCAAAUUUCCUUUCAACAGCUAAAGCAUCAUGGUUACAAACUUAAACUUAUGCUAAUAAUUGUUAUUCAUCUUAACGAAAAAAAUUAAUUAUAUUUUAUAUAUAUUUGUAUAUAUGCAACAAAUUUUUGUUGCCGAAAUCUUUGUUUACAAUUUAAUUAUUUUGCCAUGGCUUAAUGCGCAGUAAGUGUCUUUAAUUAAUUGAAUUGUAAUAAAUGUUGCAU